CCUAGCCAUGAAAGGGAACCAGAAGAUCAAAUGAAAUUUGGGAAAAUAUUUGCAUCAGUUAUUAUGAAUAUCGUUAUUGCUUUAAUACAUAUAGGAGGGCUUGGACUUACGUGUUUUUACAUUUUAAAUCCGCCAGCGUCAUUUCGAAAUAACGUCUCGCAAGACCAGAGACAAAUUAUUGCCAUUUUAUUAGUCUUAUCAUCUAUUUUUAUAUCUGUGUAUUGGUGGGAGAAUUUUGUGCCAAAAGGAAGAUCCUACUCAGAUGGUUUACCAAAAAUUAAACGAUAUUUAAUGCAAAGUAAGAGUAAAAUUCUAUUUGUAUCAAUCUGUUGGAAGAUAAUCUUGUCUACGUGUAUUCUUCCAGUAAUACAUGGUAGCCUUAUAUGUGGAAAAGACUGUAUAGAUAUGCUGUACUUUAAAUAUUCAGAAGAUGAUCUCCUAGCUAACAGCCAGCCGUCAAUCAUGAACACCAUGUUGACGGACGGGACGAUUUUAAAUGAAUGCCCGACUUUUAAAAAAUUGUUUCCGUUCAUGAUAGCUCUUGUGUAUAUUAUAAUGAACGGAGUGUGUUAUAAGAUAGCGAAGGCAGCUUGCAAAGUAGUUGCGCAGAGAAUGGCAUUCGGGUUACCUCUAGCCAUGGCAACGCCAAUAGCACUGGUCGUUUUAUUUGUGCUUAUGUCUUCGAAUGGUACCGGAGAUUACAACGACAAUAUUGGGAAAUUCUGGUUUGGGAAAUGUGAAAUUCAAUUUCCGCACUGGACAGAUAAUGAACACAAUCCAAUACUAAAUCUAUUAGACAGAUUUACCGAUAUUUGGCCACUAGUUACCGGGGGAAUAAUCAGUUAUUUAUCUCUUCUACUGAUCACAAAUUAUAUUUGGAAUCCAAAAAAAGAACGACUCCAGUCAACAGACAAACUAUUUGUUAAGCCAUUGUAUUGCGGAGUCUUAUUGGACCAAUCUUUCAUGUUGAAUAGAAGACGAACUGACGAGGAAUUUAAGACCACGAUAGAAUCGAAUAAGCCUUCGAAGGUUCCAAUACCUGACUGGACGGAGAACCCCGAGUACAAUCCUAAUGAUGAUUGGUCAGUUCUACGUAAGGAUAGCACUCCUAUGAUAUACAUGUGUGCCACUAUGUGGCAUGAAACACUAAACGAAAUGACACAGGUUCUCAAGUCUAUUUGCAGAAUGGACGAGGAUCAAUGUGCUAGACGGAAUCUUCAGCUUUAUUUUGGAAUACGAGACCCAGAUUAUUACGAAUUUGAAGCACAUAUCUUCUUUGAUGAUGCUUUUGAGCCGCAUGGCGAAGGGCAAUAUGAUUAUACAGUCAACAGCUAUGUAAAGAUGUUGGUUGAAUGUAUCGACGUCGCUGCAACAGCUGUUCACAAUGUUAUUACCAAAAUCAAAGCACCAACAAAGAUACCAACACCGUAUGGUGGUAAGCUGGAGUGGAAAUUGCCCGGUGGAAACAAAAUCAUCGCACAUUUGAAGGACAAGCAGAAAAUUCGACACAAGAAAAGGUGGAGCCAGGUCAUGUACAUGUACUAUUUCCUUGGACACAAACUAAUGAACUUAAAGAAAAGCAAAAAAGCCAAAGAAACAAUUGCACAGAACACAUUUAUCCUAGCUCUGGAUGGCGACGUAGACUUUCAACCGUCUGCAGUACAGCUUCUUGUUGAUCGAAUGAAGAAAAAUCUCAACGUAGGAGCAGCAUGUGGAAGGAUUCAUCCGAUAGGGGCAGGUCCGAUGAUUUGGUACCAAAAGUUUGAGUACGCCGUCAGUCAUUGGCUACAGAAAGCAGCAGAGAAUAUGAUUGGCUGUGUGUUGUGCAGUCCCGGAUGUUUCAGUUUGUUUAGAGGCUUUUCAUUGAUGGAUGACAAUGUCAUGGCCAAGUAUACAACAGUACCAACUGAAGCAUAUCAGCAUGUUCAGUACGAUCAAGGUGAAGACAGAUGGCUGUGUACACUUUUGCUCCAGCAAGGAUAUAAAGUUGAAUAUGUAGCUGCGUCCGACGCUUUGACCUUUGCACCGGAAGGGUUUUACGAGUUUUACAAUCAACGUCGACGUUGGUCUCCGUCAACAAUGGCGAACAUUAUAGAUCUACUGAUGGAUUGGAAGAAUGUCACAGAAAAGAAUGACGACAUCUCACUUCUGUGUGUGGGAUAUCAAAUGCUUUUGCUUGCCUCAUCUCUUCUCACACCUGGAACUAUAUUGCUUAUGGUUUUAGGUGCGUUGUAUACAGCUUUUCCUUCUGUUCAACCGUGGACAGCAUUUCUCAUCAAUCUGAUUCCCGUUGUUAUCAUGGUAGCUCUUUGUUUUGUUUCCAAGAAAGAAGUUCAGCUUAGUUAUGCCGCCAUAUUGUCUACAGUUUACGCUCUUCUGAUGAUGAUUGUGAUAGUUGGUCUUCUUAAAGAAACGGUAGAAGCUAAAUGGUGUUCUGUUACAACGUUCUUCUUGGUGUUUGUUGCCUCGGCGUUUGUGAUUUCAGCGUUAUUGCAUCCACAGGAAGUAUGGUGUUUAGCACAUGGUCUUCUGUAUUUCUUGGCAAUCCCGUCCAUGUCCAUGCUAAUGAUGAUAUAUGCCUUGGGAAACCUAGAUGAUAUUUCAUGGGGAACAAGAGAUACUGGAACGGCAGCUGGAACACCUGCGAGCUUACCGCAAAAUCGGACAAGAUUGGAUGAUAUUCGCAGCUGGGUUAUGGGCCCUGGAACUACUGAUAAAAAGACAUCCGAUUACCAGUUCUCGUUUGGAAAUUUAUUCAGAUGCAUGUGCUGUCCUCAGUCUGGAACGGAAACAGAAGAUACAAGACUUCGGGCAAUUAUCGAAAAACUUGAUGACAUGGAUACCAGAAUAACAUCAUUCAGUCAACGUAGCGGGGCAUCAUACAAGCAAAAUGACACGAAAGAAGAUAUCACUCCCUUUUCUCGCCAACCAGAAGCAUUUGAAAGAGCAGGGGAAGUAAUCGAUAAUCCUAUGUUUGUAAGGCAAGAGCAACGAGAAAACUCUAGAGAAAUUCUCAAAGACCUUCGAGAUAAACCUAGAGAUGAACUGGUCUGUCCAUUCUGGAUCGAAGAUCCUGACGUUCGAUAUGGUGAAAUUGAGUAUAUGCUUCCGAAUGAAAUUAAUUUUUGGGAAAAAUUCAUUGAAAAAUAUCUAAAACCACUAGAUAUGUCCAACGAAGUCAAAAAGAAAAUCAAACAAGAUCUGCGAGAACUUAGGAACAAAGUUUGUUUGGCAUUUCUUCUGAUGAAUGCACUAUUCGUAACCAUUGUUUACACGUUGACAGAAGUAAACAAACAAGAGCUGGGGUCAUUGUCUAUUUCAUUGAAUUGUGACAACGGGAAGCAAAAGAAUGAAAAGGGUUAUGGUCAGGGUUAUAUUGAGCCUAUUUCGUUCGCUUUUACUGCUGUUUUUGGAAUAAUGUUGUUAGUACAAUUCAUUUGCAUGCUCUUUCAUCGUUAUUCCACGCUUCUACACGUCAUAGCCUCACCUUCAGCUGAAAUAAAUUUCAAAAAGAAACUCCUAGGUUCUAUCUUUGAAUCUGCUGAGGAAGAAGCAGACAAAGAAAUAAAAGUAAUCGAGGGCUUGAAACUUGUGAGAGAAUUUCAGAGUAAUAAGCAAGAAACAGACUCUGACACCUCUUCCGUGAAGUCAUUUGCAACAGACAUAACAGACAACGAAUCUGAAUAUGGGGACGAUUCGGUUGGGCAACGUAAAGGGAAAACCUUGUGGAAUAAACUUGCAAAACGAAAAACGGAAAUGGCGCGUAGCACUUUAAGUCGGAAUUUCAUGAGGAACUAUUCCAAACUUCAGAAGGCUGUUGACGCGGAGGAAACAAUGAGUACUUCGCACAACACUAUGGAAGAAAUGGAGAGGAAACCCGAGAUAAAUAGGACGAACUUUGUUCUGCAACAGUUUGGUCCGAAACGACUUACCCAUAGUUCCAUUCGCACUGUCGUCACCAUGAUGAAAAAUGACGACAUCAAAGAACAAGUAAGAAGAAAAACAGAGCAUUUGAAUAAACUUAAACAUUUACGCAAGGAAAGAGCGAGAGAAAAACUCAGAUCAGUAUUACCUAAGCUAGGUGGCGUAUCGAAGUUAAACUUUGCCAAUAUUGUCUCACAAGCUAAGCACAAAGAAAGACUAGAUAAACUCGAUAGUGAAAUCGAAAAUAUGAAACCGGAUCUCGAUGAAGAUACGAAACCAAAUACGGAAACUUCAGGUACAGAAAAUCAACCUAAGCGGCUCCCUUCUGUCAAUGAAAAAGAUGAAAGAGAAAAUGCAUCGGACAGUGAUUCAGAUAACAACGAUGACGAUAAAGAUGAUUCCUCAAAUGACAGCGAUGAUCCGAGUGGACGUCCGGUUAGGGGAAGUUUCCGAGUAAAUUCAGAUGGUAGUUCGAAAAACAGUUUAGCUGAUGCAGACGUUUUGUUUUAAAAUCUCCAUUGUGAUUUAUACUUAUAGACGUGUUUAAGGCAGAAACAGAGUAGAUAGUUCAUUUCAAAUGAACUCAGCGAUAUUUAUUCAAAGUAGUAUGGCGUACUAGUAUUGAACAUAUUUAAAUUCGCUAUUUAAGAAUCACAAAUUGUGUUAAAUUUUUUUUUAAAGGCAAAUACAACACUAACAUCUUUUUUAUUGGUACUUAAUGCAUGAUAUCCCUUUGAAAGAGAACAUUGUUGUACAUUUUCUAAUGACUGGCAAAGAACAUGAUAUGAAUUAGAGAUAGCUAUAUCAUGUAUAUAUAGGUACCAUUGUUAAACAGUUUCUAAUGACUGGAAAACAGAGCAAUUGGAAUAAGAGAAAAGAAUUGUAUGUGUUAAAUGGAUUGCAUGUUGAUAUUGUUGUUCUGUAAAAGAGUCUCUUUUAUCUAAAUAUAAACACGCUAAACAAGUGUUCCACUGAACAUGAAUACUAGUAUAUCUAUUUGUAGGUCUAUAUAGAGUUGAAAUGUUGUACUAAAUUAUUGUGUAUUCCUGAAAUAAUAUUUAUUCAUCAUUCAUUUCAUUCAUGUAUUUUUUGUAAUCAAUUUGAG